AUUACCUAGAAUUCAAGAAUAUGAUCUAAUGAGUUUUACUCUUAUUGGUUACCUGACUAAUCCCUUAUUUUAUUCAAAUUUAAGACUGAUUAAAAGUAAGAACAAUGCUCUUAAAGAGAUUACUUAAUUUACGAGCGGAGAUAUUUUUCGUCUGAACUAUAACUAAAGAUGAAAAUUCAGAUGGGAAAGUAAAAGUGAGGGAGAGAGAGAGAGAGGGUAGAAGUAAAGCUGAGAAUCCCUACAAAAUCUGGUCAUGAUGCAGGCACCCUCACGGUGCCAUUAUAUAAAAACAGUGACUUUGUUUAAUCCUCCCUUCACCUUUAGUUUAUGGGUUUCCGUAUAGUCAGAUGGCAGAGAGACAAUAGCUGCCACACACAGGCAGCACUGCAGCAGAGAAGAUCAUGCAUCAGACACCCGAACCCAGAGCCAGGAAGAAAGCACUCUGAUCUGAUCAGAGCCAUCCAUCCAUCCCCAUGCCCACAAGAAGAUUCUGCAACCCAAACGGCCCUGAAAUAAAUAUACCUACCCUACCCUACCCUACUCUACUCUAUCCUUGCCCUAAAAUAUUGAAAAACAGAAGAAAAACCCACAAAGCCCCUCUCCUCUCCUUAGUCCCCCUUCUCAAACUCACCUUCUCAUCUCUCUCUCUCUCUCUCUCUCUCUCUCUCGGAGAUCUGUUUCUCAGUGAUGAGUGGAAAUAAUAGGUUCCCUUUCACCCCAAAUCAAUGGCAAGAACUUGAACACCAAGCUCUUGUUUACAAGUACAUGGUCUCCAGCAUCCCCAUUCCUCCUGAUCUCCUCUUCAACAUCAGGAGAAGCUUGGAAUCAAACCUCAUCCUCCACCAACCUCAACACACGGGAUGGAGCUGUUUCGAGACGGGUUUGGGGAGGAAAAUUGAUCCAGAGCCGGGAAGGUGCCGGAGAACAGAUGGGAAGAAAUGGAGAUGCUCAAAAGAAGCUUACCCAGAUUCCAAAUACUGCGAGAGACACAUGCACAGAGGCAGAAACCGUUCAAGAAAGCCUGUGGAAAUUAUGGCAACACCACCACCACCACCACCAUCUAAUCCGUCAAUAUCGUCUUCUUCAAGGCCAAACCACUCUCUCUGCAACAACCCACCUCACUGUUUCCUCUUUCCUCAUUCAUCUCCUCCAACCCAACAACUCUUGAACCCACAUAAAGAUUACAGGUAUGUUUGUGGCGUGAAAGAGGAGGUUGGUGAGCAUGCUUUGUUUUCCGCAUCUUCCAUGGACAACAAUCCAAUUCCUUGGCAACUAACAAUGGUUUCUUCUUCUUCAACGGCUCAUUUGAAACAAAGAACUGGCUCUGCUUUACAGAGCGGGCAUCCUUUCUUGCAGCUUCAAGGACUCUCUGAUGCCCCAAAACAAGAACAAGAUCAGCGUUUCCAUUUGGGCAAUGAGAAGGUUGAGAAAGUAAUGCACCAUUUUCUGGACGAUGGCCCCAAGAACCAAGAUCCAUGGCUCCAUUCUGAGGACAAAUCUUGCAGUUUUAUGCCGGUUUCAACUACCCAGCUCUCCAUCUCCACACCAAACUCCUCUCACGACUUCUUCAGUGCCCCAUAAUUACAGUAACUGAAAUCGAUUCCAGUGUAUCUGUAAUCCUGACAUUGAAAUUUCUUUAUGUCUAAACCCUUUUUGGUAGGGCCGAGAGAGUGAGGAGUUGUGAGAAAGAGAGCUGCUGUGCUGUUUUUUUGGGGUUAAAUCAUAUGUAAUGUAAUGUUGUGUCGAGUGAAGGACGGAUGGGGAACAAGCAAGCAAGGAAGCAACACAAACAUAUAUCCCUUUCCCAGAUCUUAUUCCUUUCCUUAUUCCCCUUUCAGUUGAAUGAAUGGUUGGGACAAAACCCCUCAUGUUUUCUUUUUC